AUGGCCCUAGUGCCUUCACCCCCGCGCGACAAAUACCCGCCCUUGCCCGACGACAAAUUUCCCUGGAAAGAGCCUCCAGCCGUCGCAAUCACGCCCUGCGACCCCUGGCCACCGCCAUACUACCUCGAAGAUGGCCUGCGCAAGGUGACGCCCUACCACUUCACAUACAACACCUUCUGCAAGGAACGAUGGCGGGGAAGGGAAAUUCUCGACAUCUUCUCUAGCGAGUUCCGCGACCGGCCCGCCGAGUACUACCAGAAAGCCAUAGAAGAGGGCCGCGUCGUCCUCAAUGGCCAGCCGGUGCCGAGCAUCAAAACAAUAGUCAAGAACGGCGACGUCAUAUCCCACACUCUCCACCGCCACGAGCCCCCGUGUACCGCGCAGCCCAUCGGUAUCGUCCACGAGGAUGACAACAUGAUUGUCAUCAACAAGCCUGCGGGCAUGCCCGUACAUCCUGCUGGUCGAUACAACUUCAACUCCAUCAUCGAGAUUAUGAGGGCAGAUCGUGGCUAUGGCUGGAAUCCAUUGCCGUGCAACCGGCUCGACAGGUUGACUAGUGGCAUCAUGUUCAUCGGCAAGCACAAGCAGGCGGCAGAGGAACUGAGUGCACAGAUAAGAGGCAGGACGGUCAAGAAGGAGUACAUCACGCGAGUUGUGGGCGAAUUUCCAGAAGGAGAGAUCCUCUGUGAGAAGCCCAUCCUACAGAUCAGCCCCAAGCUGGGCCUGAACCGCGUGCGUGCGAACGGCAAGGAGGCAAAGACGGUCUUCAAGAGGCUGGCAUACUACCCACCAAAGGAUGACGGAAAUGCAAAUCAAGCGGAACAAGGAGAUGCAGGUCCCGAUGGUCAGCCGUGGAAGAAGCUCCGCGGCUAUUCUAUUGUGCGUUGCAUGCCAGUAACAGGCCGCACCCACCAACUGCGCGUCCACCUCCAAUUCCUCGGCCAUCCCAUCUCAAACGACCCCAUAUACGCCAACCAGCGCGUCUUUGGCCCAGCCCUCGGCCGUGGUCAAUCGGAAGACGAGGACGAUGAAGAUAUCAUGUCCCGCCUCUCACGCAUGGGCAAAGAGGAAGUCGCCGAUGCCGUCGCAUACCACGAUGAAAUGGUCAAUGCCUACAACAAGAAGAAAGCGGAACGCAUGACAGGGGAAAAGUGCAAGGUAUGCGACACCGAUCUGUACAGCGACCCAGGUACACACGAAUUGGGUAUCUACCUGCAUGCCCGGAGAUACAGGUGUGAGGAAGGGAAGUGGGACUAUGAGACUGGCCUGCCCGACUGGGCGUUGCCACCACCAGGAUAUGAAGGGCCUACUGAAAGUACAGAAGAGUCUGAUCCCUUGGCUGUGGACCUGAAAAAACUGGGUUUGGAGGAUGAACCGAAUACAGUGGCACGAAAGAACAGCUCCAACAAGUCAAAGCCAGCAGAGCCUUCUUCAGAAGAACCGGCUGCUGCCAGUGCAACCGCUUGA